GGCAGUCAUGAUAAAAGCAGUACUUUUAGUGUCCGCGGUCUUCUUAAUAGAUUUUUGUACAUCUAAUAGUUUAGAACUUGGCACGACUGUCAACGGUCAGCUAGCUUACGUCGAUAGUGUCAAGUUAUCUUCAAUACCCUUAAAAGUCAGGACGAAGAAUGUAUUCUACAGUGGCAAUAACACUAUCAAGGGCAUUAAGGUGCUCGACAUGGCCAAGUCAAAAGCUAAAGUAAGCGUGACGUCAGGAGGCGUUGGCUUCACCUUCACCAACAUUAAGCUGAAGAGUGAGAGAGGGGGAGAAAUCAACUACCAAGUUCAAAUUUUCGUGUAAACAAG